CCACAGCGGCGGCCAGCGUGCGCGCGUAAUCCCUGUCGCUGUCGCCCCCGCCCGCGCUCGGAGCAGAAGAGAGGCGCGGCACCACGCACCCACGCCCACCUCCACCUCCACCUCCGCGGGCGAGAACCCGAGCCGAGAGGCCCCAAAUCCUAACCACCGCGGGGCGGCCUCAUCCUCCCGCUCCCACCACCCGUCGGCCGCACGCGCGCGCGCCAGAUCGCUGCGGCGGCGCCCGCGCGCGGAUCCAAUGCGGCGGCUGCUGCUGUGCUAGCCGCAGGAGGCGGCUGCGGCGCUGGUUCCUGGUUGAUGCGGCGGGCGAUCUGAGGAGGAGGUGAUGGCGGCUGCGGCGUCAGCGGCGGCGCCGGGGUCGGCGGAGCGGCAGGCGCGCGGCGGCGCGGCCUCGGCGAGCGGCAACGCGGUAUUUAAGAGUGGCCCUCUCUUCAUAUCAUCCAAAGGAAUUGGAUGGAAAUCAUGGAAAAAACGUUGGUUCAUCCUCACAAGAACAUCGCUGGUUUUCUUCAAGAGCGAUCCUAGUACCUUGCCUCAGCGAAGUGGUGAAGUGAACCUUACGUUGGGGGGAAUUGACCUGAAUAAUUCUGGAAGUGUGGUAGUCAGGGAAGACAAAAAGCUGCUGACUGUCCUUUUUCCAGAUGGCCGUGAUGGCCGUGCCUUCACCUUGAAGGCAGAAACUUCUGAAGACUUAUUCGAGUGGAAAGCAGCACUGGAAGAAGCUCUUGCACAGGCUCCAAAUGCAGCUCUUGUGAUGGGACAUAAUGGAAUAUUUCGUAAUGACACAACAGAUGUAUACGAAGGGGCUAUUCCAAAUUGGAGAGAGAAGAGACCUAUCAAAUCACUAGUUGUUGGCAGGCCAAUACUGCUUGCUCUGGAAGAUAUAGAUGGCAGUCCUUCUUUUCUAGAAAAAGCUUUGCGUUUCCUUGAGAAACAUGGAAUAAAGGUGGAAGGAAUUUUGCGUCAAGCUGCAGAUGUGGAGGAGGUUGACAGGAGAUUGCAAGAAUAUGAGCAAGGAAGGACAGAGUUUGCACCAGAAGAGGAUGCUCAUGUUAUUGGUGACUGCGUAAAGCAUGUUCUUCGUGAGCUUCCAUCUUCUCCAGUUCCUGCUUCCUGCUGCACAGCAUUAUUAGAAGCUUUCCGUCUGGAGAUCAAGGAAGCUCGGAUCAAUUCGAUGCGUGCAGCAGUAUCUGAAACAUUUCCCGAGCCUAAUAGGCGGCUGCUACAGAGAAUUUUAAGAAUGAUGCAUACCAUUGCUUCUCAUACUGCUGAGAAUCGAAUGACUGCAUCAGCAGUUGCUGCUUGUAUGGCCCCGCUCUUGUUACGUCCCCUUCUGGCCGGUGAAUGCGAGAUGGAAGAUGACUUUGACAUGAAUGGUGACAGUGCUGCUCAGCUUAUUGCGGCUGCAAAUGCUGCUAACAGUGCUCAAGGCAUUGUCACUACUCUAUUAGAGGAAUACGAUAACAUAUUCAAUGAUGAGCACCUCAGGUGCUCCUUGUCACCGGAUUCUCAAACCGGAGAUAGUGGAAGUGAAGAAUCAACAGAUGAUGAAACCGUGGAUAUCAGGGAUAAUGGAUUUCAUGAUGCAGAAAAUGAUGUGGAUCAGGACUUAGAUGAUGCCGAGCGAAUAUUGAGUGGAAAAUUGAGUGAAACCAGUGCGUGCACCCGUGCUGAUCUCUAUGGCUACAAGGAGGUUAAUGGCAAUGAUUCAGACGCUGAACCCUCUGUUGAGGAUAACGCUUUGGAGUCAAAUAUAGGUCCAAAUGAUGCUCCGCUAAGCCAUUUAACUGAAACUGGCUCAAUGAGAGUCCAACAAUCAUUGAAUGAAAAAGAACCAUCAAAUCCGGUUUCCAGUCAUGAAACUCCAUUGUCAAUGGGAGAAAUUCUUUUGUCUUUGGAUGCUGGAAUUCCAUUACCUAGUCCUGGAGCUGAGUAUCCUAAGGACAGACACUCCAACAAACCCAAUGGAACUCAGCAGCAUGUGAAGCGUUCUAACUUAUGGGGACGCAAUAAUGCAAGAAAAGGCCAACAGUCGGAAUUAAUUGAUCCGUCUGGCGAAGAAGAGCUUGCUAUCCAAAGACUUGAGGUAACAAAGAAUGAUCUACAGAUCAGGAUUGCAAAGGAGGCUAGAGGUAAUGCAAUCCUACAGGCAAGUCUGGAAAGAAGAAAACAAGCAUUACAUGAGCGUCGGGUAGCUUUGGAACAGGAUGUGUCAAGGUUGCAAGAGCAGCUACAGGCUGAAAGAGAUCUUAGAGCUGCACUCGAGGUUGGAUUAAGCAUGUCUUCUUCCCAAUUGUCUAGUUCACGCUCCAUGGAUUCAAAGACAAGGGCAGAGCUUGAGGAGAUUGCUCUCGCAGAAGCUGAUGUUGCAAGAUUAAAACAGAAGGUUGCAGAGCUCCAUCUCCAACUCAAUCAACAGCGCCAGCACCAGUAUGGCUCUUCCGUAGAUGCUAAUGAUCGUUAUCAACACCUUCCAAGUCAUAUCUCUCAGAAUAUUGUCCAACCAGGAUUUGACAGGAGCAUUGCUUUCUGUAAUCAAGAGAAGAAGCAAAGGAAUGAGGAGAGCUUGCCAAGUUCAUCCCACUGGAGAAGCAUCAAGCAGCAUGUGCUGUCGCAUGGUUCUUCAAGGCCUUUCUCCCGCAAGCAUUCCCUGGAUGCCUCCUUGAGUGAUUCAAAGGAGGCAUCAACAAGUGUGCCUGCAGAGAGUGGGUCAAUGUUGGUGAACAUCCCCAGAACAACUGAGCAGGGUGUUGGAUAUGGGAGACCGCCGGCUGUGCCAUCGUCCACUCUGGUUGAACUAACGACGAGACUAGAUUUCUUCAAAGAACGGCGGUCACAGUUGAUGGAACAACUCCACAGCCUCGAUUUAGGUCAUGGUUCCGCAUCCCAUGGUUUCCCAUACAAGCCGUCGUCUCCCUGGAACAGUCCAAGGUAGGAGGUUGCUCAGUUGUUGCAAGCUCACGUCUGUAUAUUCUCAGUAUAGAAUCUUUUUUUUCUCUAACGUUAUCUUUGUAGAAGCUGGUAGUGAGAAUGUAUAUCCCUUUCCUUCCUACACUUGGUUUUGAGCAAUCUUUUUCGAGCGUGAUUUUGUUCUGCUUU